CCGGGCGGCCGAGCGGAGGCGCGGCGGAGACACGAGCCCGGAGCGGCGAGCCGGAGUGGGGCCGUGGACCCUGGCCCUGAGAAUAGCGAGGGCCUCUGAGAGCCGCCCCCAGGGGCUGAUGCGCCGGGUGGGGCGCUGCCCCCGAGGGCGAGGGCGAGAGCCGCCCGCAGAUUGAGCAAUUUGGGAACGGGCGGGCGGAGCGCGGGCAAGCCGGGCGCCCAGGACGGUCCCGCGGCCGGCCUCGCCUUCGCCCUCUCGGGCCUGAUCCGCGCGGCUGGCAGUGCCAGGUUGGUCUGUGGGGUAGCCUGUUGCAGUGACGAAGGUCUCCCAUAUGACACUCACAGGAAGCUUUGAGGAGCUCUGCCUUGGAGGACCUUGGUUGGGGCUGAUGGAGCGCUGGGCUCCCCACACCCUCUCUGUCCACAGUUGAGAUUUUGGUGGAUUUGGGCUGCAGCCCAGACCUGAAUCUCCUGCUGCUGACCCAGCUUUGGAGGCACUAGCAAGAGCCCUGCACCACCCACUGCCCCCCAGGGACCACCCCUCCUGCCAGGGGCCGGGAGCUGGAGAGUGACUAUGCGGCUUGGGCUCUGUGUGGUGGCCCUGGUUCUGAGCUGGACACACCUCACCGCCAGCAGCCGAGGGGUCAAGGGGAAGAGGCAGAGGCGGAUCAGUGCUGAGGGGAGCCAAGCCUGUGCCAAGGGCUGCGAGCUCUGCUCCGAGGUCAACGGCUGCCUCAAGUGUUCACCCAAGCUGUUCAUCCUGCUGGAGCGGAACGACAUCCGCCAGGUGGGCGUCUGCUUGCCGUCCUGCCCGCCUGGAUACUUUGAUGCCCGAAACCCCGACAUGAACAAGUGCAUCAGAUGCAAGAUUGAGCACUGCGAGGCCUGCUUCAGCCACAACUUCUGCACCAAGUGUCAGGAGGGCCGCUAUUUACACAAGGGUCGCUGCUACCCAUCCUGUCCUGAGGGCUCCACCCCCACCAAUGGCACCAUGGAGUGCAGCAGUCCUGCACAAUGUGAAAUGAGCGAGUGGUCACCGUGGGGGCCCUGCUCCAAAAAGAAGAAGCUCUGUGGCUUCCGGAAGGGCUCUGAGGAACGGACACGCAGAGUGCUCUAUGCACCUGGUGGGGACCACACCAUCUGCUCUGACACCAAGGAGACCCGGAGGUGCACGGUGCGGAGGACGCCGUGUCCUGAUGGGCAGAAGAGGAGGAAGGGCAGCCAGGGACGGCGGGAGAACCCCAACAGGAACCCGGGCAGGAAGGAGAAUGGCCUGAGCUCUCGGAGACGCAAGGGGCAGCAGCAUCUGCCACAGCAGCCACAGCCGGGGACAGUGGGACCACUCACAUCUGCUGGGCCCACCUAAGCACAGUGCCCAGCCUCCAGGCACAUGCCAAAGAGCUUUGUGCGGCUUUGUGUGAGAAACACUUCCCAGAACUGAACCAUCGGGGGCAGUGUGUACACACACACUCCAUUCAUCCAUGCACUCACAGACAUGUCUACAUGUGCAACCAGACAUACACACCCAUGUGCGCGCGCACACACACACACACACACACACACACACAGCUGAGGCCAUCCUGUGGCCCUGCAGUACACAAUUGGAAUAUGAUGCACACAGUGCAUGUGUCAGACCAUUUGUUAGCAUCCAAAUACCAGCUUGGUAGGGUGGGACGUCCUGGAGAAGCUGUUGGGAUUGCACUGCCAGGUGUGAUGGACCAGCCAAAGCCUGAGGACUUCUGAGGGAGAAGAACUCAUCCUGCCUUGUUCAGCAUGCCAGCUGUGUGACUUUAUCUUGGGGAGCAUCCCUAUGCAUCCGUGAUACAUUAUCAGGACUGACCUGACUCAAAAAACUGCUUAAAGGUUUAUUUCAAAUUAAAAAAAAAAAAGAAAGAAAGAAGAAAGAACAGUAGCCCUAGGUACCAUGUUCUGUUUCAGGGUGCAAGGAUGGGGGUAGGGAGCAGGGCUGAUUUCUAGAGGCCCCUGAACAGCCUCUGCAACAAGGAUCCCGAGUAGGAGGAACACUUCAGGAAAAUUCUGAGAGCAGUACCCAGGUCCUCUUCAUUCUCACUACUCAGAAUGUGCUCUGUGAAGUGACACAAUAUUGUCACCAAGCACUUGUUAGAAAUGAGAGUCUAAGGUCCCAUCCCUGACUGGAUAAAACAGGGUAUGCAUUUUCACAGGGGUCCUCAUGAGAUCAGGAAGCGAAAGGCUCUGGGCCAGCUCGAAAGCACGCUUUCCAUCUGGGAGGGUCUGUGAAGGGAAGAGGAGGCUCGGGCUCCCAGUGGUGGCUAGGGAUGGGUGGCCCUGCAGAAGGGCAAGGCAGUGGGAUGCCUUCUGUGGCGUGCUAGUUUCCACUGGCAUCAGUCAAUGUGUCGGGGGUUGGUUGGUUUCCAGAGAGACCCAGCUUGUUCUCAUAGGCCUCACAGGUCAGUGGAAGAGACAGGCCUGCCUCAGUAAUCAUACAAAUAAGUGCAUGAAUGUGACAGACUGAGUCAGGGCAAGCAAACGCUGGUGCAUGCAUAUUUCUAUGAAUGUGAAUACAAUCAGGUACUGAAGUAAAGCUUUAUCUCAGCAAGGUUUUCUCAGGAGGAGGUGAGAGCUGAGCCAUUC